UGCGAAUUGUUCCACAUAUGUAAUAUUUACAAAUAAACAUUUUAAGUUCCCACUGCUUCAUUUUAUUGUCAUCGUUGCUCUCUGUAUAGCGCAACAAAUAUUUUAAGAGAAGUCCGUAAUUAGCAUUUAUCAAAAUGUCAAAAGAGUUCGAAAACGUGAUAAGAUUAUACAAGAACUUCUCGAAAGUUCCGUCGAUCGUGGGCGCGCACUUGAGCAGGGACACUUCGAGGGUCACCGUCAAAUGGACGGUCCGGAGCACGGACAGAGGCAAGAACACUAGAUUCGUCUCAAGCUAUAUAUUGAAUGACAGCUUAAAGGUCAUAGCCGAUUGCGGCUUUGGCACGGAUAUCAGUAAUGAGCUCCUCUCGGCCGUUUCCCCCAAUGAGACCUACCGAGCGGUCAUCAGGGAGGAGAGGAAUCAGAAGGACCUGAAGAAGCAGUACCUCGAAGUGUGGAGCAAGAACCAUCUUGCGCACUGUAUCGACCUCAAUGCGCUGGAUUUGCACGGGGAUGUUUACGCUGAUUCCGAAUUUGGCUGCCUGAACUGGUCGCAGGAUGAAAGCGCUAUCGUUUACGUCGCGGAAAAGAAACUGGCCAAAGCAGAGCCUUACAUCGUGAGGAAGCCCGCCGAAACACCAAAGUCCGACAGUAAAGAGACGCCGAGAAAGGGCGAGGAGUACAUAUACCGGCAGGACUGGGGCGAGCAGCUGGUCGGGAAGCACGCCUCAGUCAUCGUCGUCUGUAAGAUCGAGAGCGAGAGCUUCACCGUAUUGGACGGCCUCCCCGAAGACUGGUGUCCGGGACAAGUACGUUUCACGUUGGACGGCAAAAGCGUUAUCGGGAUAGCGUGGAGCACGGAGCCGCGCCGACUGGGCCUCAUCUUCUGCACGAACAGACCCGGACACGUGUUUACUUUAUCCUUGGAAGACGAUAAAGCGUUGAGCAGACUGUCGCCGGAGGGCAUGUCGGUGCGGGCGGCGCGGCUGUCCCCCCGCGGUGCGCCCGUGUGGCUGCAGCGGGUCGCCCGCGGGCCGCACCACGCCGGACACCAACUGGUCACUGGUAACAUCGCGGAGGCGCCGCUGACCGUCAUAGUGGACCUGGUGCAGACGGUGACCAGGACGGACGACGGUCGGGACUUCCACGGCAUCUACUCGCAGAGUCUGCCCGCGCGGUGCUUCAGCAAGGACGGGAAGAGAAUCGUGUUUUCAACGCCCCAAAAGAACGAAAUUAGGAGUUAUGUUGUUGAUAUCGAGAGCGGCGGGAUGGUGGACGUUUCAAUCCGUCGAGCGGCGGGGUCGACGAGCGUGCUGGACGUGCACGAUGACGUCAUACUGGCCGCGCACUCCAGCCUCACCAGCCCCAGCCAGCUGUACGUAGCCAGACUGCCGGCGCGGGGCUCGGAGGCGGAGGUAGAGUGGAUGCCGGUGACGUCACAGCCGGAGGUCCCCGCCGGCCUGGCCCGCUCCGAGGUCACCUACCUGCAGCUCGAGCACGCGGACUGCGCGGACCCUGUCAAGUCGUUCUCGGCGAUAUACCUCUCCCCGAGCGUGCAGGGCGGCUCCAAGCUGCCCCUGCUGGUGUGGCCCCACGGCGGACCUCACUCCAACUUUACAAACAGCUACUCGUUUGAAGCGGCCUUCUUCAAUGACCUGGGUUUCGCCAUACUGCACGUCAAUUAUCGAGGGUCCACUGGGGCAGGGGAGGCGUCUGUGGCGUUCCUGCCGAAGCGCGUGGGCGACGCAGACGUGAAAGACUGUAAGCUGGCCACGGAGACGGCCGUGGCCAGGUUCGGUCUGGACGAGAGUAAAUUGUGUCUGAUGGGCGGCUCCCACGGGGGCUUCCUGGUGGCGCACCUCAGCGGGCAGUACCCGGAUCUGUUCAAGGUGGUCGUCAGCCGCAACCCGGUCAUAGACGUCGCCAGCAUGUUCAACUCCACGGACAUCGCUGAUUGGUGUGCGGUGGAAGCCGGUUUCCCGUUCACGGAGGAGGGUCCACCUUCCGAGGAGCAGCUGCUGGCGAUGCGCCGGUGCUCGCCUCUGGUCCACGCUCACAAGGUGAAGGCCCCGACGGCCCUCAUGCUGGGCUCUGCGGACAAGCGCGUCCCCCACUACCAGGGGCUGGAGUACGCGAGGAGGCUCAAGGCCAAUGGUGUUGCGACCAGAGUCUACCUGUACGACGACAAUCAUUCGUUAUCGUCGCCGCUUGUUGAGAUGGACAAUCUUAUCAACGCCGCCCUUUGGUUCUUGAAGCAUUUAGAUCAGUAACAUUAGGUAUAACUAGUGACUUGUAGCGUCAUCGAUCGAUUUUAAUGAUUUUAUAUAUGAAAACAUCGACGCUUGAAAGGCAAACGUGACUAAGCGACAACGCGUGAACUUUACAGUAGACUAAUUUAA